AUGGAGCGGAGAGCGCGGAGGCUGCCGGGUCUGUUCGUGGCGUUGGACCGCGAGGGGCGGGUGGCGGUGUGGAGCGAGGAGUGCGAGCGGCUGACCGGGUGGACGGCGGCCGAGGUGCGGCGCGACCCCGGGUGCCUCUUCCCCGACCCAGAUGACUGCGCACGCGUCCGGGCCGAGUGGGAGGCGCGCAGCCGCAUGACCCUCUACUUCGACUGGGAGUGGCACGUCACCUGCCGCGACAGAUCACGGCGCACCUUCUCGUGGUUCUCCUGCAGCAUCUUCACGACACGAUGCUGGAGCAAAUGGGCGUUGGGGCGAGAUGUGACGCACGAGAAGAAGAGCAAGGAACUGCUGAAGGAGGUGGCGCUGGGCUUCACCGCCACGUCGGCCGACGACUUCUUCCAGCAGCUGGUGCGACAUCUCACCAGUGCGUCGGGCAUGGAACUCGGCCUCGUGGGCGAGCUCCACCCCAAGCGCGCAGACUCAAUCCGCACCCUCGCCACCUUCAUCGACGGCCAGCCCGUGCCCAACAUCGAAUACCAUCUGGACGGAUCGCCGUGCGAGGGCGUGGUGAAGCAGUCGGCGCGCACGCUGCGGUCGGGCGUGCAGGCGAUGUUUCCAGAGGACGAGGUGCUGAAGGAUCUCGGGGUGGAGAGCUACGUCGGCCGCCCGCUCUACUCGUCGGGCAAGGUGAUCGGCCUGAUGGUGCUCAUGAGCCGCAAGCCCAUCUGCGACGCCGAGCGCGCCGAGACGAUGAUGGAGAUCUUCGCCGGCCGCGCGUCGGCCGAGUUCGAGCGACGUCAGCACGAGCUGGCCAUGAAGAAGUCCGACCUGCUCUUCCGCCAGGUCACCGACAACAUCGCGCCAUGGUCUACGUCGCCACGCCCGGCCUGGCCGAGUUCCACUACGCCAGCGCGCUUCGCCACCUUCUGGGGCUACCCGCCCGCCCGACUGCUGCUCGAGCCCGACCUGUGGUUCGUCGGCGUUCACCCGGACGACCGCGCGCUACUGUCCCAGGCCCACGCCGGCUGGUCGAGCUGGGCCGACGACGCGCAGGUGUGCGAGUUUCGCGUGGUGCACGCCCAGACGGGCCACGAGCGGUGGCUGCGCGACCGCAGCUGGAAGAUAUGGAACACGGCCGACAGCCUCGAGCCGCGGGUGGUGGGCAUCGUCGAGGACAUCUCGCUCGAGCGCCAGGCCCUCGAGCACCUCGAGAAGGCCCGCCAGAUGGCCGAGGAGGCCAGCACCGCCAAGACCCUCUUCCUCGCCAACGUUUCCCAUGAGAUACGAACGCCGCUGCAGGGGGUCCUGGGAAUGCUGGAGCUGCUGGACUCUACGUCUAUGGCCCCAGACCAGCGGGACAACCUGCACAUCGCCAAGCGAUCGGCCGAGCACAUGCUGUUCCUCGUGAACGACCUGCUCGACGUGGUGCGGAUCGAGAAGGGCAAGCUCGAGAUCUGCCCCGGCGCGCACUUGUGGUCCCGCUUCGCGCACAGCUCCGAGUCACACGGCGUCGACUUCGACGUCAGCCUGAGCCCCGACCUGCCCGACAUCGUCGUAGGAGACACGCACCGGCUGGCCCAGGUGCUCGACAACAUACUGGGCAACGCCUUCAAGUUUACCUCGCGCGGCGGCCGCGUCACCUUCACCGCUUCGCUGCCCACGACCGACGUUUAUCAGCGAUUAGGUCGAUCGUCGGACGAUAUGGAACAGCAGCAGCAGCGGUGGGUGCUGUUCUCGGUGGCGGACACGGGCAUCGGCAUCACGGCCGACAAGCUGCCUCACAUCUUCGACGCCUUUUACCAGGUCGAUGCGGUGCACACCAAGAAGUACGCCGGCCUGGGGAUGGGGCUCAAGAUCUGCUCCGAGCUCGUCACGAUGAUGCACGGGUGGCUGUGGGUGGACAGUACGCCGGGGAAGGGGACGACGUUCUACAUUUUGUUGCCUUUUGACCAGCCUGCGCGAGAAUCGGAGGAAGAGCUCAGGGAAACAGAGCGAGCAGAAGCCGACGGGCCGGUCGAAGUGGCUCACAAGCCUCUCGAUAUUCUGCUGGUGGAGGACAACAUAGUCAACCAGAAGGUGAUUUGUCGCCAACUCGCGCCGCUGGGCUACAAUAUUCAGAUUGCCAACAAUGGGGUCGAAGCAAUCGAGAAGGUCAGCACUACUCACUUUGAUGUUAUACUCAUGGACGUACAGAUGCCCGUGAUGGAUGGGCUCACAGCAACGCUCAAGAUCCGGGAGCUGGAGAUGAACCAAGAGGACAAGGAGAAGUGCCUGACCGCGGGGAUGGACGACUACCUCUCCAAGCCGGUCUCGCGCGCGCGCCUCCUCCAGGCUCUGCGGCGAUGGACUUGCAAUUCAACACUGCGACGAGAUCCUGAGGGCUAA